CCCACGAAAAACUACUUUUAAAACCUCUCAGUCGCCUUACAGAGUUCUUCACAAACCACGCACAAGUGUGUCUUCACAUGUAGCCUAAAUAUUGCACCUAUAUUCCAGCAUAUCCGCAUCGUCAUUGUUAUGAAGCGAGAAUGAGCAAUUCCCAGGACAGUGGAAGCAAGUGCUCGCCCGCCCCAAUCUCGAGCUUCACCAUCCAGUCGAUUCUGGGCACGGCGAACGAGGGAGUACGGUCGGCGGCCAAGGACGGCGGCAAAGCCGCGCCGAGGAAGCGGACACUGUCCGUGUCAUCCGAGGAUGAGUGCAGCGCAGGCGAGGACUCAGGCGACUGCUACUGCUCCGAGCCCGGUCUGCCGGAGCCGUGCAACCGACAUCAACCUCUCAACUUCUCCUGUCUCGGUACCAAAGGACUUAUCCCCGGGCCAGACGGAACGGACCGAGCGCCGCAUCUAUCGCAGUCGUUUCUACCGGAUUACAAAGACGAGCCGGAUCGAGCAUGUAGCCAAAUGUCGCCCGUUUCUGAAGAAAGACAGCGAGACGUCCCGGACAAACAGAGUAACUCCGCCAAGAAGAAGACCCGCACCGUUUUCUCCCGGAGUCAGGUGUACCAGCUCGAGUCCACAUUCGAUAUGAAGCGUUAUUUGAGCAGCUCCGAGCGGGCUUGCCUCGCGUCCAGCCUGCAGUUAACGGAGACGCAGGUGAAAACGUGGUUUCAGAACCGGCGAAACAAAUGGAAGCGCCAGCUGUCGGCAGAACUGGAAGCGGCCAACAUGGCGCACGCCUCGGCGCAGACACUGGUUGGGAUGCCGCUGGUUUUCAGAGAUAAUUCGUUGCUCCGGGUGCCGGUCCCAAGGUCUAUCGCUUUUCCAACGCCGUUAUACUACCCGGGGAGUAAUCUACCGGCUCUACCCUUAUAUAGUCUUUAUAACAAGGUUGAAUACUGACUGUACGCAUAGCAAAAAAUCCACGAGUGAGGAGAAAAAGAAAACUAAUACAGAAACACAUUUAAGUAUGUUUGGCAGAAUCCAUCUAUUUAUAUCCCUAUAUUUGGUUAAAAAAAUUACACAUUUCUUAUUAUGCAGCGAUUAUACAAGCCUAUAUGUGUAAAACGAGAAAGCAACGAGCUUCUGUACAUGUCAUAUAAAAUACACCGUGUGUAUAAUUAUUUUGUACUUUUAUUUACAUUUCUGUCCCUUGAUUAUAAACAAUUUUACGCGCUAUGUGAGGAGUGAUAAAAAAAAUCAUUAAACUUUA